AUGGCACCUGUUGCCGCCAGUAACCCUGGAGGGUCGUGGGGUUAUGUGGUUGGUGUGGCUGCAUUUAUGAUCCAAUUUGUGACCUUUGGGAUUGCCGCUUCUAUUGGCGUGUACAACAUAGCCUUCCUUGAACACUUCCAGUCUUCUGUCGCUGCCACAUCCAUGAUUGGGGCUUUCAACAUUGGACUGCUGCUUGGAGGAGGGCCGUUAGCCAGUUUUCUGAUGAGGAAGAUGAGUUACAGGAAGGUGUCUUUCUUGGGAUCCCUCCUCAGCAGCAUUGGUCUCCUCUUCUGUCCAUUUGCACCUAACAUUAUCUAUCUAGAUGUAUUCUAUGGAGUGGUAACAGGGGUUGGUUUCUGUUUGGUGUAUGUGCCAUCACAUACACUAUCAGGACUGUACUUUGACAAGCACCGUAGCCUGGCUACAGGGAUUGUGACCAGUGGGUCGGGCCUGGGAGGAGUUGUCUUUCCCUAUGUCAGCCACUUCCUUAUCACUGAAUAUGGAUGGAAUGGGUCCCUACUCAUCAUUGCUGCUGUCAACAUGAACAAUUUU